CCCACAGCCACCCUCACCGUCAGCGUCGCGCGGUGUCGUGGUCUCCUCCUCUCCUCAGAAACUUCUCUCUCUCUCUCUCUCUCUCUCUCUCUUCUCCACAGCCACACUUUUCUCUGCUUCACUCUCCACAUCCCUUCGUCUUCCACACUUCAUAUAAUUCUCUCUUCCUCUCUCACCAUUCAUCGAUGGACAUUCUUCUCUCUUUCCAUGGAAAUCCUAUCCUUUGCUCGCCCUUUUCCUCUCUCUUUCUCUCCCUAUCCCCGCGCUCGACUCCGGCGUUUCUCAUCCGUAUCGCCAAUGGACGCGAUCAACAGCGACGGAGGGAGGAAAGGCGUGGCGGUUCUGUGGUUCAAGCAGGAUCUCCGCCUUGAUGAUCAUCCAGGGCUCGUUGCUGCUGCCGCUCAGCAUCGGACCAUUCUCCCUCUUUAUGUAUUUGAUCCCCGCAUUCUCUCCCGUUUUCCUGACGAAAUGCUAGAACUGGUUCUUUUUGCUGUGAAAUAUUUGAGGGAUUCAUUGAAGGAAAAAGGUUCCAAUCUGAUGGUCAGGUUCGGGAGUGCAGAGUAUGUCAUACAAGAAGUUGUAAAAGAGGUGAAAGCUACCAAUAUAUUUUCUGAAGAGGAUGUAGAAUAUGACCUACGCAAGAUGCUGGAUGCUGUGAAGGAAACCUUGGCAACAGUGCCUUUUCUAGAUGAUAGGUCAGGGAUUGUUCUGUGGCAGACUCCAUUUUAUGAUAUCAAGAACUUGAAGGAUCUUCCUGCAUCAUAUGCUGACUUCAAGAAACUUCAAGUGCCUCUAACGUCACCUCUUGUGUGCCCAGUAUUACCUUCUGUAGAAUUGGAGAUCGACUGGGGGCCUAUGCCAGCAUUCCAUGACUUGAAGAAAUUUAUGAAUGGAAACACACGCGAAGAAAAAGGUUGUUGGAAUUUGAUAAAUGGAACUUCGGCUGGAGGAUUCAGGGUGGAACCCAUAGAACAGGUUGAACCAACAUAUAAUUUGGUUGAAGGGUUUGAAUCAUUGAAGUUGGGGAAAAGCAGACAAAGCAAUUCAAAUUGCAAGCACAAACAAAGGAAGAGAUCAGAAAAAUUUGCUGCUGUACUGUGUGAAGGAAAUUCAGGUGGGCGGAAUGUUGCAUUAAAUGCAUUAGCUGCAUAUUUGAGAGAUUUGGAGGGAACAGCUCAAGAUGACUGGUCGGAGGUACUUGAAAAUUUUCUAUAUGCUGAAAGUCAGGUUGGAGCUUCAUAUGGUGCUCUCUUUGGGCCUGCAUUUUGGCUUGGUGUCAUAUCUAGAAGGAGAGUGCAUUAUGAAGCUGUAAGGUAUGAAAAAGAAAGAACUGCUCGAGUUUCGUCUGUGGCUGCUGCUGCUGAAGCUGCAUUCUCCAUGGAGUGGUAUCGGCUUAUGGCUUUAAAAAGUCAAAUAAUUGAUGAAGCAAUGUAUUCCAUUCGGAUAUGGAGAUGGAAUGGUUAUCUCAUUCAGUAUACAGUUGUUGGUGAUGAAGGCCCUGCAAUUCUUCUUGUUCAUGGUUUUGGUGCUUUUUUGGAGCAUUACCGUGACAAUAUAUGUGGUAUAGCCAACAGCCGAAACAGAGUUUGGGCCAUCACACUUCUAGGGUUUGGCAAAUCAGAAAAGCCAAAUAUUGUAUACACUGAGCUUAUGUGGGCUGAAUUGCUCAGAGAUUUCAUCAUUGAAGUUGUGGGAGAACAAGUGCAUCUUGUUGGCAACUCAAUUGGUGGCUACAUUGUCUCAAUUGCUGCUGGUCUUUGGCCUGACUUAGCGAAAUCUGUCGUCCUUAUCAACAGUGCUGGAAAUUUAAAUCCAGGAUAUUCUCCUAUGGUGCUGCCUAAAGAUAGACGAACUUCAGGGCCUGCAUGGUUGGGUGCUCGACUCCUCCUGCUAUACUUGAGGCUGAGAACCAAAAGCAUAGUGAAGAAGUGCUACCCAACUAGAACAGAGCGAGCUGAUGAUUGGCUUAUUCAUGAAAUGCUAAGAGCAUCCUAUGAUCCUGGUGCCCUGUGGGUCCUAGAAAGCAUCUUCAGCUUCAAUCUCUCAAUUCCUCUUAAUUAUCUCUUGGAAGGUUUCAAGGAUAAGGUUCUGAUUAUACAGGGAAUGAAAGACCCCAUCUCCAAUUCCAAGUCAAAAAUAGCUAUGCUUAGAGAGCAUUGUGCUGGGGUGGUUGUUAAGGAUUUGGAUGCAGGCCAUUGCCCACAUGAUGAGAAGCCAGAAGAAGUGAAUUCUAUCAUAAGCGAAUGGAUAGUGACCUUUGAAAGUUGAUAUCUGGCCUGAGAACUGCUUAUCUAUUUUAGUUGUUGAAUGCUGAACAAGUUGAAGGUGUGGGGGAUAUUGAUAGGGAGGAAGCAGUAAGUUCUGAGUUUAUCAGGACCAAUGCUAUGAGCUUCUAGCUUCCAAAAUAGAAUGAGAUCUUCAUGAAAUUGAUCAUUGAAUUUAAUUGGGAAGUCUAAUGACAAGAAGUUGAGCUUUACUUGGGCUUUGAAUGGACCAACUAUUAAAUCUUGGAUGAAA